AUGAAUCAACAAGGAACAUGUCUCUUAAAUUUAACCUCUGCCGAUUCAUUACAGAAUUUAUAUCAACUCUAUACGAAUAUUGCACCACUAAACUUGUCAUCUCAACAGAAUGCCGUUGAUACUUCUCAUUUAUUUUAUCGAAUUGGUAAUUCACAGCAUUUCGGAUUAACCGAUGAUCAGCAUUCGCUCAUUUCUGGAAAGCAAAUAUUAACGAACGUGAGAAUCAGUCCAAUUGAAUCAUCGGCCAGUGCAUCUUCUUCUCCCUCUUCACGGAAAAGUCACGCUUUUAUCGGAUCGACAUCAAGUGAAAAUAAUCGUAAACAAUACCACCAGUGGGAAAACAAUUUGUGCGAGUAUAUGCUUGAGGAUUUGGUAAAAGUAGUGAUAACAGGAAUUGAACAUGCAGGCCUUCUUGUUUCACUGGAAGAUGUUGGACCUAUAGAUUAUUUUUAA